AUGGAUUCUUUUCGCCAAUCUUCCGACAAUCGCAAGCGUUCGGUACAAUGGUUGGAUAAAGAUGAAGUGCCGAAACACAGUCUGAAACCGAAUAUUCAUCAAAAAAAGCUAAUGGUGUUCGUUUGGUGGUCCAACGCUGCUAUUAUCCACUACAGCUUUAUGAAACCUAAUCAGUCGGUUACAACGAACAUCUACUGUAACCAACUGGACGAAAUGAUGAGGAUGCUUACGAUUAAGCAGCCGAGAUUGGUCGAUAGAGACAGGCCAAUCCUGUUGAAAGACGACGCUCGAUUACAUGUCGCACAAACAACGCUGCUCAAACUACAGGAGCUGGACCUGGAAACUCUCUGUCACCCACUGCAUUCACCAGACCUUGCUCCAACUGACUACCACUUUUUCCUGGACUACUUCUUGCAAGGAAAAAUAUUCAAUUCUCAACAAACCGUGGAGAACGCCUUUCGCGAUUUCGUCGCCACUCACUCUUCAGGCUUUUCCGCUGCUGAUAAAAGUAAGCUACCGUUAAGAUAG